GUCAUAUGUCAUUGCCAGACUACUACAAGAGUAGGAAUUCUGUCACGCGUUCUUUCUUUUUGUGUAACAAAUCACACAUUUCAUCAAUAUUUAUCUUAUUAUAAACGUUUUGCUAAUGAUUGUUUAUUGAUAACUAUCUGGUCGUUCAAGUACUUUCCAAGAUGAUGAGUGAUGAUGAUCGUGAUAUUGAUAUCGAAAGUGAUGCUGAAAAUGACUCCGACUCCCGAACACAUGCCAGGAAUAGCUUAGGAUCUAGUGGAUAUUACUCUCAGGCAGAAAAAAGGGCACAUCACAAUGCUUUGGAAAGGAAACGAAGAGAUCAUAUUAAAGAUAGCUUUACAUCGUUAAGAGAAUCUGUACCAGCUCUGCAGAAUGAGAAAGUGGCAAGUCGAGCACAGAUCCUGAAAAAAGCAGCUGAAUACAUCCAGUUUAUGAGGCGGAAAAACAAUUCUCACCAGCAGGACAUUGAAGACCUCAAGAGACAGAACAAUAUGCUUGAGUCACAAAUUCGAGCACUGGAAAAAGCACGAGCUACUGGAAACUAUGUGGAUCCUCACGAGUUAGGGCUCGGUAUCAAGUCGGAAGGCAGUUCACAUGACACCGACAGUUCUGAUGGAGAGGGCACCACGCGGCGUGUGAAAAAACUUAAAAUCAAUGGAGUCAAUGUCUAGUUCGAGAACCUCAUACAGGUUAUUUGAUGAUUUUUACUUGACAAGGUAAUUUAAGGAAUUUUUUGUUUUGUAUAUGUGAGUUAUUGAUAAAUCCCUCUUCAUAAACUAAUUAGCACCUAUCAAAAUGGGUUAAAAGAUACUUUAAGUAGUUAGGCUUUAAUUUUAUUUAUGAAUGUGUUAAAUCUUGUAUACACUUGUAGUCUACUUAUGUGCGCCUAUAUAUUAUUGUAUAGAAAUUUUUUCUAAAAUUCCUUCCAUGUAAAUAAAGUACUUAUAUUGUUUUUUUCAAAAUCAUCGUACGAAAUUUCAACCUUUAGUAUGCAUAGUGUCCGAGUAAAAUGACUGACAUGGACAUAUGGACAGACAGACUGACAGACAUUAUGAAACUGUAAGGGUUCCAUUUUUGCCAUUUGGCUUUGAAAAUCUAAAAACUAACUUAAUUAUCCCUGGCAGUAGGGUAGUUGACAAGGUCAGAAUUUAAAUAAUAAUAUCUAGGUUAGGCAACAAUUCAGCAGGAUCAUUAUAGAAUAACAAUGCAGCUUAUACAAAGAUUUAAAGUUGUUUGGAAAGUCAAUUUCCAAAAAGUGUGAAUUUAUAAAUUAAUAAAGAAUUGUUAAAACAAAGUCAACCAUCAUAAAAACAUAAAAUUUUGUAACAACAUUUAUAAAGAAGUGAUCACCAUAAACGUAAUAUUUAAUGUAGCUGUCGAACAAACAUAGCUUUCUUUGUUUUCUGGUGUUUCUAUCAAUAUAAAUUCGAAUAGUUAUUAAAACAAAAAUUUGUUAACUUGCCCAAUUGUUUAUUCACAUAAAAAUACAAAUAUGAUACUUUUGUGUCUUGUUUAGUGUCCAGGAAAGAGUUAAAUAAAGGAUACUGAAUUAAUAUCCAUACCUGUGCAAGCCUUUAAGAUCAUCUCAGUAGACUAUAUCUGUGUGUAAUAGGUUUUCUCCGAUGAAUUUUGUACCAAAAGUUUAUUUCAAAUAGUUGUUUUAAGUUUCCAAUAAUAGCCACGUCAAGUUUGGACCAUCAUCUUAAUAUAUUUUACUUGUAAGUUUAGCAAUAAGCAUUACUGGUAAGUCUCCAAUGAAUACUGGUACUAUUUGUGGAGAAAGUAUAUUUUUACAAUGUUAUCCUCUUCGUCGAAUCGACCAUACUAAUUGCAAAUAAAGUUAAAUUAUCUUGGUAUAAAAGUUAUGAUCUAGCUGUAUACAUAGUUACUUAAGACUGGAAAACUGACAUCGGUGAGUUUUCAUAUAACUCGAUAAAUUAGAUACAAAUAAAGUUUUGAUUGUAUUAACCUGACGUUCGUACGACUAUUUACACGUGUACCGAUAGUACUUUUAUUGUGUUUAUUUACAUUAGCAAUGUAAUAUUUAUUUUUGUAUAAAAUCAAAAUCUAAUUAACCUAUCAAAACUCUUUGUCUAACACGAUCUAACAAACGUUUUCUUAUGAUGUUAGUUAUUUAGUCCUAGGUUCCUGAUGUUCAAUGCCGGCUAACGCUACGUACAUGCAUUCGCGUCGGAUGUCCUAGUUGGGCGAUAGUGUGUAAUCGGCGUAAAAAUAUAACCCUGUAUAGUAUAGCUAAAAGUAUAGCACAUUUCUUUGUUGCAUCUACAAUGAUUCGCCAACAAUAGGUAUGUAUGUAUCGUAGAUUUGUUUUUUUUGUUUUCAUAAAUACAAGUAAUAUACUUAUAAAAUAUAGAAAAAAUAAGUUACAUCGCCAUAAGUUUUUUAAAGUAUUUUUCUGACAAUUUUAUUUUUUUAUUUUCAAAUAAUACAGUAUUCAAUGCAGAAAUAUUUGAACGUAAGAGUUUAGUCUUCUCGAACACAAUUUGCGGCUUAGUCUUAUAAUGGUUAACAUAGAAAAGUUACCAAUGUAUGUAUAUUAUAGGAAAUAAAGUAAACAUUUACAGACAUAUUUGUUUAAAUGUUUUAAGUACUUACAAAUUUUGUUUAAGUAAAUGGAUUGAUUUAAAUUUUAGUUGGUCGUCUAAAUGUUUGCAUGUAAACCGAAAAUAUAUUUCCGUGAGAUAUUCAAUAGUAAUACUGCAUGUAACGAAGGAAAAUAUGUACCGAUUUAAUGGAACACACGCGUAACUUUUGUUCAGGUAGACAAAUUGUAUUCUUGAGCUAAUUUGCUAUUAUUAUAUUUAAGGUAGUGUUCCUACAUUUUGCAUAAAAAUAAUGCAAUUUGAAACUAAAGCAGAACGAACAAGCAUAUUUUGAUCUUACACACAGUGCAAUAAUGUGAAAAUUGAUUUGAAAUAAUUAUGUGUAGCUAUGUUAUUUGUUUUUUAUAUCUUGACUUUUGGUCAAAUUUAUGUUCUAGAAGACUAAAUAAUUGUAAUAAAAUUAUAAAUACUCUGUUAAA